AUGAAGACCUUCACCUUCUGCGCGGCCCUCCUGGCCUCGACGGCCCUGGCCCUGCCCGCGGGCACCUCUACCUCUUUGCCCACUGGCGUUCCCACAGCCGUGGCAUCCGUGCUCCCCACCACCGCUGUGCCCCUCCCCACCGGCACAACUAAGUCUCACGACCCUCUCCACAAGAACCUCGCUGUCACCGAUUCCAAGGGCCUCUUGAAGGACGUCCCUCUUCUUGGCGGUGGUGAUGGAGAUAUCCUCGUUGCCCUGACCGAUGUCCUAUACUCUAUCGUUGGCCGUCUGGACCUUUCCCAUCUCUUCGACCCCAUUGGCGACAUUAUCGCUCUUGCUCCUGAUCUCAGCGCGGUCAAGUCCCAGAUUCCCUCUACCCCCGGUGCAAACUUCAUUGCUCUCAACACCGGUGACGAGAAGAACUCUGUUGCCCUCGUCAAAGUCAACAGCGCUGUCAAAGACCUCUUCUCCGUUGCAGGCCUCGAUCGCCUGGGCACUUCCGCCGGCUCCCUCAUCAAGGGUGAGAAGGCCAAAUAG